AUGUUAGGGGCGCCGGCAAAUCCAGGACCUGAAGAUUUCUUUGGGCUACUACCUAAGCAGUUGGUAUGGGGCUUCUAUGGCAUAUUCAACCGAUUCACCCAUGUUGGGCCUCUGGGCGAAAGGAAGAGCGACAGUGAACAUCGGCAAAUAUCCAUCAGAACGAUCAGCAUCAACGUCGAGACACCAUCUCCCGAUCUUGCGCAGCUCGGUCUGAUUCAUAUGUCCACUCAGGCCGACGCUGCAAUGUCGGUUACUUCCCGGUACUUCUUGGUGUGUCUGAAUUGGAUUAUACAACAACAGCUGGAAGGGAAUUGGGAGUAUAUCCGGGGCAUCACUCUGCUUGAGUACGUAGAUCAUGUUCUAAUCUACCACGACGGCAAUGAGAUACAUCACUGGGAUGUAGCUGCGUGCCUUGCAGAGUAUCCUGAAGAUGAAAUGAUCAAGUGGAGACCAACUGGCAAGAAAGAGGCCUGGCGCAGAAGGAAGCAAAGAGGACUGAAGGUGCCCGAAGACUUCAAGGAUCCGGCCGGAUGGUGA